CUCCCAUAUAAACUCUCUUGUCUCCGGAAAGGAAAAGUGUUGACUUUAGAUGAAAUUUAAAAUAUGAAUUCGAGCAAUAUUUUGUCAUCCAGCGCUGACCUAACGUGGCUUUAAAGACCAAAGUUCACUGCAAAAGAUUGAACCUUCCACAUGCUCAUGGUAUUGUAUGCAUAAUUGAAUAUUUAGAUUUAUUAUGCGGAGUUAAUGUAGUCGCACGAAUAUCUUCCUUGCUCAAGCACUUUCAACUCUCAACACUGUGAUAAUGGCAUCUGCGUAUUUUUAUCCUUUCUAUAUUGCUCAAAUAUGAUUGUCGAAUGAUAUUUUGCCUAGAAACCUACAAGAAUGGAUCAUGAACGACUGCAUAAUGACUUGGGAGAUAAAAUGCUACGAUUAAAUUACAAAGUUAAAAAUGAGAAAGAAAGACCUGAACCAAGUGAACGUAAGAAACGAACUUCUCGCAAAACAAGCUCUUCAGAUGUUGUCUUUAAAGAGGAACCGUUUAGUCUCAUCCUCGAUCGUUCUUCUGAAUCCAAGACAAAUAAAGCUGCCCUACAAUGACUUUUGAAAAUGCUCUCAGUGAGAAUGAUGAAUUAAAUGAUGACAUCAUGUUAUCGUCAAGCUCUGCUAAUGUCUCACAAAAGACAAAUCAACGAUCUAAAACAUUGCCGAGAUUGCCAAGCAGUGAACAAGGUAUAACAAAACCAAAGCAAAAAACACAAUCGCUAAGUACCAGUCCCACUGCAAUCACUCGACCUCAUUCAUUGUGGAAACACGGAGAGCAUUCACCUCGUCAUAUGUCAGUGCCAGCACCCAGGAUACAACAAGCAACUUUAUUACAACCUACGUUUUUCCCUACAUCUUUGCAAACAUCAGAACUACCUGAUAUGGACAAUACAGAUCAUCAAUGGCCACAAGCCAGUCAACACAAACUCUACUUUAAUACCGAUCCUCAAUCCCUGAAUAAUGUAUUUGAUAAUCCUUCAGAAAACCAAUCACUUCCAUCCAAUGUUGUAUCAAGUCAUCAAGAGAAAAACAGUGCGCCCGAUGCUAUAGAAAACAAUUCAAAAAUGUGGCAACCGAGGGGAGGAAAUCAAGGCAGCUGGGCUGAUUUUCCAACAUCAUUCAAUGGAGUAUAUGUUAGCAAUGAAAAACCUUGGAAUGAGAAAGCUGUUGUACAUGAGGAUGACAACAUUCAUGCAUCAAAAAGAGAGAGGAGCUCUAGUCACUCAUCAAUAUCAUCAAAUUCAUCGGAAGAUGAUAUUGCAGAGACAGAGGAAAGUGUGUGGAAAAUCAACGAUGAACAAAAGGCUUAUUACCUCAACCAGUUUAGAAUCUUGCAGCCUGCAGAGAUGGGUGUUGUCUCCGGUCAAAAAGCGAGAGAAUUUUUCCUAAAAUCUGGAUUGGGAAUGGAUGUUUUAUCGAAGAUUUGGAAUCUUGCGGACCUGGAUGCUGAUGGUGCCCUUGAUUUCGAUGAGUUCUGCAUUGCAAUGCAUAUUGUUGUUGCAGUUAGGCACGGUUUGGAGGUACCUCAAUUUCUUCCAUUGCAUCUGGUACCGAGAAAUAUGAAAAACAAUCGAGUUCUUCCAUACCUCAAAUGGAUGCUAACAGCCAAGGAUUAUCUGCAAAAGACUCUGGACAGCCCUGGGCAAGAUUCUCGUCUGAUAGUCGCACGAAUGUUGAAGUCGAUGGUCCUGAGGUUCAAAACAAUGGACAAUUGGGGAUUUCACAACGCCCUUUAACGGUUGAUGUUGCCGAGCAAAGCACGAAUCAACACAUUUCCCCUGUCAGUCAUCACACGCAACAAGUCAAUCAACAACACGCGUUACUAACUAGUCAGCACGUUCAGUCUGUCAACCAACACGCUGUACAAAGCACCAAUCAACA